GAGCCGUCAUGGACAGCGGGAGCCGGGCUGCGACGGUCGGGGACGGCGCAGCCAAUUUCACAGCAUCCAACCUCUGGCUGGAUCUGCUGAACGCGUCGGGCCGGUGGGACGGCGGCAGCAUCCCGGCCGCCGAGCCCCAGGGCGGCGGGCUGGACGAGCAGCAGCAGCAGCGGCUCAUCCGGGAGCAGAGCUACCGGGACUUCACCACCACCAUCCAGGUGUUCAUCCUCCUGGGUUCGCUGCUCGGAAACGCCACCGUGUUGUGGUGCACCUGCUGCACGAGCGUCUUCAAAUCCGUGACCAAUCGCUUCAUCAAGAACCUGGCAUGCUCGGGUAUCUGUGCCGGCCUGGUGUGCGUCCCCUUCGACGUGGCCCUGGGAGCCAGCCCCCGCUGCUGCUGGUGGCUCCACACGCUGCUGCUCUGCAAGGCCGUCAAGUUCCUCCACAAACUCUUCUGCUCGGCCACCGUGCUCAGUUUCAGCGCCAUCGCACUCGACAGAUACUACUCUGUGCUGUACCCGUUAGAGAGGAAGAUCUCAGAUGCGAGGUCCAGAGAUCUGGUCAUCUACAUCUGGGUCCACGCGGUGGUGGCGAGCCUGCCUGUGUUUGCAGUGACCAACGUGACGGAUGUGUACGUCACCUCAUCCUGCUCAGAUGACCACGCCCGCUCGCUGGGCCACAUGGUGUACGUGUUGAUCUACAACGUCACCACAGUGAUCCUCCCUCUCGCCCUGGUCUUCUUCUUCAUGCUGCUGAUCCGCAGAGCGCUCAGUGCCAGCCAGAAGAAGAAGGUGAUCAUCGCGGCACUGCGGACUCCGCAGAACAGCAUCUCCAUCCCGUACGUGUCCCAGCGAGAGGCUGAGCUACACGCCACCCUGCUGGCUGUGGUGCUAGCCUUCUCCGCCUGCAGCGCCCCCUAUGGGGCCUUGGUGGUUUAUCGCACCAUUUUGGCAGACACCAAGGAGCUGCCCAUCUCACUGUAUCUCACGGCCCUGUGGCUCCCCAAGGUGUCUCUGCUCACCAACCCCCUCUUGUUCCUGACUGUUAACCGCUCAGCGCGUCAAAGCUGGAUGGAACUUCUGGCCAGGAUUCACAGACGUUACAGCCGCCGUAACGUGGUCAGCACCGGGGGUCUGGCCUCUUUAACGGCAGAGGGCGUGAUCGGAGAGCCCGUGGGACUUGAGACCGCCGGCCGCUCUGGGAGCCAACUUCUGGAGAUGUUCAACAUUGGCCAGCAGCAGAUCUUCAGACCCUCUGAGGAAGAGGAGGAUGCGGGGAAUGAGAUUCCUUCUCAAGGAUCAGGAAACUGCUCUGGGCCACAAGAGGACCUCAAGAGCCGGUCGAGACUAGGGAGCCUCAGAGGGGAGGUGAUCACCAAAAAGGACCCUAUGCUGGGCACAGGGGGAGGACUGGUCAUCACCAAAGAGGGCUCUCCUGCAAUCAUAGCCCCACGGAGCUCUCCGGUCCACACGUGUGCUUACGCCUCUUCAUCGCAGGUGGCGCCAGCGACGCCAACAGAAGCUGAGGACUCUUCACAGUUUGGCUUCGGACCGUUUGAGCUGCCUCCUCAGUGGUUACCUGAGACCAGGAACAGUAAGAAGAGGCUGCUGCCUCCGCUGGGUAACACACCCGAGGAGCUGAUCCAGACCAAACUGCCCAGACCUCGGCCUGAGCGCAGAAUCAGCAGAAACAAUAAGGUCAGCACCAUCCCCACUGUGGACCAGUGAAGUGACCGGUGAGAAGCUCGGUUUCAUUUGGGCGAUUUCAACCUUUUAGACUGGUUUUCCAUUUUAUUCUCCGAUGCAGUGGUCGUCACGGUAGACGUCUCGGUUUUUCCACUUCACUGCCCAAAAACCUCGACGCCCGAGGCACCGCAGCUUUCUUGUUGGACAGAAAUCAAUUUGACAUGAAACAUUUACAACGCAGUCCAACUUCCCGAGCACCCGGGCAGAGCCGGCUCCGUAAUUAAGGACCUCGACAGUGACGACGUGAUUGAGAGCAGAUACCGUUUUUCAAUCUCCCUCUUUUGAUUAGAGCCGGCAUCAGUGGUUCAAUGAAGACAGUGUACGAAUCCAAUUAUGCUGAGAGAUGCACUGAUACUUGAAAAUAUAACGUGAGAAUAAGUGAGGACAUUGACUCUCCUAGCACAACGUUUUGUAAAAUGGGUACAUGCCGUGAUUGCACUCUGUAAAAAAAAAAUAAGAAAAAAAGAUUAUCUUCAGUAUUUGGGAUUGACUUUUAUUCUGAAGCCUCACUUUUGGAAUAUUUGCAUUUCUUCUAAUGUGGUAGACGUCGCUGUUGUCAUUUGUAUUUUAAAUGUAAGUGGAUUUGAUAAAACAAUGCAGAUGUACAGUAUGCAAAUACACGUUGUAAAGAAUGUUCAGAGUUGAAUUGCUUUCUGUGACCCAGAGAAACCACAAUCAUCCCGGGUCGGGGAUCUUUUAGUCCCAGUUGAUCGAUUUUAUUUAGUCCUUGCUGGUGUCCUGAAAAAAAAAUCAAUCGCUCAGUCACUUUGUAAAAUAAAGCAAAUGAGGGCAGACGCACAUUUUAUAUCCUCGGAGACUCACUGAGAUGAUGUUCAGUUUCAUUUGUGUUUAUCUUUUUUUGACUCUGACACUGUCCGCUCUCUGUUUUUUCUUUGUGAUGCAUAAUUCAAUAGCAGCAGCCUCAACCUGGCGGCUUUGGCUGAGGUAAACAGAGCUGGGCUGCACUUCAAAUAUUUGUCAAGCCGUAACUCCCUUUGGGGCUACCCACAAUCCCCUGCAAUGUCCACAAAGAAGCUGAAUCUAUGCCGUAUCCCUCUCAUGCUUUUAUCAGGAAAUUGCGCAGUCACGCCUGACUGGAAACAGCAUCCAGUGCUACAACUUAAAAGUGGGAAAGAGACGAGUUUGUUUUUCUACGUCUGUUCCAAAUAACGACUGUAGUAUUGACUUUACUCGACAGGUACACAGCGGUUGCUUUGGUGAAUCUGCAUUACAGACGGAACACUGAGCCUAAGUGAUGUAGGAAAUUUAAAGUGUCACAUGAAACAGGAAGAUGAUUGAUUUUCCUGGCGAGGGUGUUUGAGAAAACACUGGCGCUGGCUCAUAUUUCCCCGCCUGGCUUCAUUCAAGGCUGAUUCAAAUAAAAAAUCUUUUCCUCCUGCGGCCAUUAGGAGCUUGACAACACAGAUACAGAGCAGAGUGAUGACUGGGUUUAAAAAAAGUUCAUGUCCAGAGAUAGUUAAGAAAUUAAAGCGACAAAAACAUAUUUUUUCUGCCAAAA